GACGUGGGCACCCAGUACCGCUCUGUCAUCUACACCCUGGGCCCCCGGCAGCAGGAAACUGCCCUCCGGAGCAGGGACCUGUACCAGCAGGAGCUGGGGACACAGCGGCGUGGGGACAUCACCACCACCAUCGAGCCGGCCCGGGACUUCUACUACGCCGAGGACCGUCACCAGCAGUACCUGCACAAGGUGCCCGGGGCCUCCUGUGGCAUGAAGGGCACCAGGGUCACCUGCCCCAUCACACGCUGAGGGGCCACCCCGUGUCCCCCGCGCUGUCCCCGUGUCCCCCGCGCUGUCCCCACGUCCCUGGCAUUGCUGGCCCCACGUGUCACUGCCACCCCACAGCACCCCACUGUCCCCCAGUUAAAGCCCUGUGACCCCCA